GCAAGUCUUGGUCAGCAAAAAACACGUCCCUGCGCCCCAUGGACUAUCCGAGUGAAGCCAAUGGGUGGUACAUCUAUGGCCCUCACUUCACGCGCUUUCCCAUCGCGCCCACGCACGGCGGCUACGCGGCAGCCGGGCGCGAAGUGGAAUUGGUACCUCUUCAAUCCACCUGGCUCAAGCGCACCACCGAGCUCUCUGAAGAGCUCCCACCGGCACAGCGCCGCUGGCUUCCUGCCCGUGAGCGGCUCACCGUGCAGGGCUCACCCUUAGGCGGCCUGGUGCGGGCGAGUGGCGCUGAAGGACGACGCUUGGAGAGAGCGGUCGACGAAGAAGUCCACCGUACACCCCGGAGCUGCGGGAGCCGCCAUGCUGGCAGUGCGGACCACUUCCAGGUGCAGCUCACCACUGAGAGUGAGGCUCAAGUGAAGGCCUGGCAAAGCAGGUGGAUCAUCUACCAACCACACUGGCAGCUGGCGCCCGGACUGAUGGAAGCACUCCAGGCCACCUAUUUGAAGCGCUCCUGGCAAGUCUCCCAUACGCUUCCUCCGCACGAAAAGCUCUACAUUCGCCCCCACGAGCGGCUCCGCUUGGGGACUGCGGGCUUGCCAGCGCCUGAGGGCCAUCUUCAGGUGGACUUAGAGCCUGUGGAGCUGGAGCGUUUGCGCGCCACGGAGCCACGCAGCCCUUUGUGUCGCUACUUCUCGGCGGAUCCGCUGCGGCUGCAGCAGGAGCUCGAGACCUGCUUCUCCGAUGCCCGAUUCGGUCCCGCGAGUCUCGCGACGCGCGCGGGAACUGGCGCGGGAGCUCUGGUGGGUUUACUGCUGCCACAUGGCGCCUUCUGCAACUCGGGCUUCGUAGCGGCCCACGGAUAUCAGCUGCUUGCGGACUCGCUCACAGGUCCGUUGGACUUGGCCGUCUUGAUUGGGAACAACCAUGCGGCCUGGAAUCGCGUGGCCCUUUGCGAUCAGGAUUGGGCCACCCCCUUGGGCGUGCUGGAGGUCGACCACCGCGCGCUGAAGCAGCUGCUUUGCGCAGUUCCGGGUGUCCCGGUGCAGCGGCAGGUGCAUGCCACCGAGCAUUCGAUCGAGAACCAGCUCCCCUUCCUCCAGCAUUUGCAGCUCAGCGGCGAGACUCGCCUCCGCAUCCUCCCCGUGGGUGUGGGUGCUGUUGCGCUGUCGGAGGCACAGCAGCUGGCCAACCAGCUUGCGGCACUGGUGCGUAGCGUGGAGCAUGGACACCAGGUGGUGGUGAUUGGUACGACCGAUUUCUCCCACGAGGGCCCCAGCUACGGCGGCCGCUGCAUGUCUGUGCCGGAGAUCACACGUCUCACAAAGGAGAAAGAUAAACCACUGCUGGAGGCAGUGAGGGCCAUGGAUGUGGAGAAGCUCUUGAGCAUCCUGGCGUUCGUGGCAUUCAGAGGUGUUUUCAUGAGUUUGAGGCCUUGCCCAGGCGAGGUCCUGUACCAUGUGCGGCGCGGGCGCCGCCGCCGUGCUCCUGCUGACGUGUCAAGCGCUGGGCGCGUCGCAGUGUCGACAGCUGCGGUAUUUGGUGAACACCGAGGUGACACCUUGUGACAGUACAACGGGCUUCGCGGCCUUUGCCUUGGAGAAAAAGGAACGUCGCGACGCCGGACGUCCCGCCCGGUCAUGUUUUUUGAUCUGAAAAACCCCUAGGGCUCCUGGCCUAC